UAUGCAAACGGAAAAGCAGUGCUGCUAACUUUUUCCAAUAUUCCAGAAUUCUCAUGUCGUCCAAAUAGGAAAGUAACCUGAAAGCAUAUUUCUUCAAGUUGCACAGAAAGUACAAAGCGGCGGCGCAUCUGUGACUAUUAAAUUUUUAGAAAUGAACUUGAUCUUCAUGGGGAGAUAGAGAGACCUUGUUAUCAGAGUGUGGUUUUGUACAAAAUAUGAGUCAAUUUGUGUUCUUCGGGCGAAGCAUAACCUCGCUCGUGAUUCUUACUUGAUGCAAGAUGCAGUGCAAAAUCGACGACCUGCCCGACGAACUGUUGGAAUAUAUUUUGAGCCUGGUGCCGCCUUACAAAACCCUCGAGGCCUGCAAGUCUGUAUGUAGAAGAUGGAAACGUACCACGGAAGUUGUCAUAGCGCGCAGCGAAGCACAUUUUCAAAGAUCUGUGGCUGUUGGAUCCUUGUUGUGGAAUUCGUUGCCAUCUGUACACUGGGCACCUACAAUUGGCAAGAGACAUUCACAUUCAGCAUGUAUAUACAAUAAUUCUAUGUAUGUGUUUGGUGGCUGUUCAUCCACUUGGACAACAUUCAACGAUCUGUGGCGGUUAGAUCUAGAUACAAGAACAUGGGUGAGGCCAGUCAGCCUGGGUAGCUAUCCGUCGCCUAAAGCUUGCGCGACUAUGCUUUAUUAUCAGAAGAGCUUUAUUUUGUUUGGUGGCUGGUCCUAUCCAUUGCCGUAUCCUCUACAUCAGCAAUGGAGAUUAUUUAAUGAAUUACACAUAUACUCUAUAGAAUCAAAUAAAUGGACUACUAUAGAUACAUUAUUAACCCCACCACCAACGUCCGCACAUUCUGCAUCAAUACAUGGGAAUAAAAUGGUCGUAUUUGGUGGUGUAUGCGACGGAGAGAGUUCCAACGAUAUAUGGUGCUUCAAUUUGGAUUCGUAUCGUUGGCAAAAGCAAUUUGCGUCGGGAGAUUAUCUUCGGCCAGAACCGCGUUAUGGACAAUCUCAAAUUGAACUCGGAGACAAGCAUCUGCUUAUUCUUGGAGGCUGCACAGGACCAAAUGCUCCUAUGAACGAUGCCUGGUUAUUGGAGAUGGAAGGACCAUUGUGGAUAUGGAAGAAGGUUACUAUGUGCAAUACAGAAUGGGCACCAACGCGUAUCUGGUGUCAUCAAGCUUGUAAGGUGGGAAAUUAUGUUGUUGUACUGAGCAAAAAUAAACGCAAGGCCAAAUCUAAUGAUAUGAGUAUUUCGUUAAAAAAGACUGCUUGUCAAAGCUCUCUGUGUGCUCCGUCGCAUUGCGAAUCCAAUCCUUUAUUCAGGAGGCCGGAAAAUGUGUCCACCCCGGAUAGGGACGAAAACGUAAAUGGACGGCACGGAGCAUUCUCCAGGUCACACUUGCAAAGUGCACACACUUCAUCACACAUGUCUAUUUUCUCAAAACCGAUGUCGUUGUAUAGUGACAAUUUUUUAAGCAUGGCCGCAUUCCGUGAUCCACCUCUGCAUAGUAAUUCAAACACGUUUAGGCAACGUCAAUUGGAAUUGUUGAGGAAAAUGGAGGAGAAAAUUAAGAAUAAGAAGGCACAAGCGAAACCGGCGAAAAAAACUGAAAACACAUUAUCUAUAUUCGUGUUAGAUAUUACGAAAGUUCUUGAAGACUGCAGUGCUUCGUGGAUUCCCUUGAAGCAGGACAACUACUCGGGUCCUGAUGAGAGGAUCUUAUAUUCUCUUGUGGCAGGAAAAGGUGAGUUAAUAGUCUUCGGUGGUCUUCGUAAGCAACAAACGACAAUGGAUUGGAACCUUCCAAAAGAUGAAGUAUACAAUGACCUCCAUUUUAUAAAUCCACCUCGGUAUGAUAUUUAAUAUGAAUAAAUAAUUAAGUAGCACUAUCAAAAUUUCAUUCACAAUACAUUAUCGUUAUUUUCCGUUAUCUUCACACCAAACGUCCCGAAAAGAGAAUAGUUGUAUUAUCACAUAAGUUUUAUACAAUGUUAAAAUAGAAUUAAUUGAAAUUGAUAUAAAAAAAUGCACGUUAAUUGUAAACAUACGUUUGUUAUAAAAUAAUUUAAAAAUAAUGAAUUUAGAUUGUUAUAAAAUAUAUCUGAGUUACAUAUUUAAUAUUACAACGAUUCUGCACAACACAAAAUAUAUAAACUGAUCUUGUUUAGAGUGUACUAUAUUCACAUACAUUGUUAUUUAUUGAUAUAUAUAUAUAUAAGCCUUACUGCUUUUGAAUUCUGCAAGUUCGAUAUACCCAUAAUUAAAUAUCGAUAUUUAUACGAUUGUACUUUCAGAAAUGAUAAGUGCACGUAUUUCUACAAAUAUGUUACGAAAUUUGAAAAUUGCAAUUGAUACAAUAUUUUAUGUAUAAGAUUAUAUAUUAUGAUACAAUAU